AUGUCAGCCAAAUUAAAUUUAUCUCAUGUCAGCGAUGAUUCAAUAUCUGGUGUGUGUGUCACACCGGAGAGUUUUCUCUGGAGCAACCUUGUGAUUCAACAAAAACCGCGUUAUCACAAAAUCCUCCCACAACUCUGCGGCUCUCCGUUGGAUUACUUACCGUCCGAUCCUCACGAGUUACCAGUUCCCGAAGGCAACAAAGAGGCACUUGACACUCUGCGUCUUCGCCAUCUCGAGAUUGUCCGUCGCAGCCGGGCAGCUGAAGAGAAAUGGUUACCAAAUAAGGCGGACGUUCUACAGUUACGCAAAAUAAUGGACACUUGUGUUGAUUUAUUCGGAGGCAUGAAUAAUAUCGACGUAGAGAAACCAGAUGCGAUUUCAAAUGCUCUUUGUCGAUUAUUCAAAUUCCGUGAGAAGUUUGCUAAGAAGGAAGCUCUGUUGAGAUCUAAAUUGAUGUUCAAAUGGUGCAGUACUGACAAACGAUGA